UAUAACAUUACGAAAGUAAUUUUCACUAUGUAACGUAGUAAAAUUGGUUAUAGCAUAUAAAAUUCUCAUAAUCAUAUAUCGAUGCUAUUAAGGAAGACUAGCACGUUCACAUUUAAAAAUGUAUAGAAACGUACAAAUGUAUAGGAUUUUCAGAUAAUACUUUUCCACAUGUCGUUACCAUGGCCAUGUAUGCCUAUAGGCUCAUAUACAAUCAUUCAUUAAAUCAAUCAUCAUUUGCAUUUUAAAGUUUUCAAAUCUCCGAUUAUUACACGAGUCACGAGAUCUUUGUUGCGCGUGCAGAUUAUCAUAUAUUUAUCUCGACCGCUGUUGUGAUUUUUUUUCAUUUUUCACGGCACAUUUCAUUUCAGAAUUUUGUUAUUUCUUAUCAAUUUGGUUUCAUUAUAAUGGAUUUUAAGAAAAUCCCCUUUGACAAUUAAAUCUUUAUAAUUAGCCUUUAUAAUACGUACAUAAUUUGGACGGCUGAUUAGAUCGAUUAAGGUAUUGAUGGAUGAUUUUUUUUUUAGGAUUAAUAAUGAGCUAUUAAUCAUAGCAUAAUGAAGGUAACAGCCAGUACCUGCAUUUUCAACCGAUGUAAGUAACGAUUGGUCUAGGCGUUGAGGGGUUUUCGUAUGCAUUGGAAGAUCCCACAAGAAACGAAGUGUAUUUCUAUGUAUGUUGACCCGCUGAAUCCGAAUUUUCAACUCUCACCUCGCUCAGAUAUCAGGUCAAUGCGUAUAGCUCAGACUGACGCUUCUAUAUAUCAUGCAUAUAACACAAUUUUUCACUAAUAAUAUCUACAAUUCUAUUGGUCGGAUGAAGACGAAUAAAAAAAGGAAAUUUUUGUCUUUUUGUGUACAAUAAAAUGAAAAAAAAUUGUUUUGGUAAAAAUUCAAUUGUUUAGAAGUUAUAAACAAUCAAUUUGUUUUUAACAAAUUACUCGACCAUCUGAGCGAGGUGAGAGUUGAAGAUUCGGAUUCAGAGGGUUCGUUUGUUGUGCGACCUUCCAAUGUGCAUACAAACCCCUCAGCGCCUAGACUAGAAUGGAAAAUGUUGGAAAAUGUGUAGAUGACGACUGUACACAGACUUACCAAUUAACUAUCCUCAUAAUCAUCCUGGGUAAUAAUUUGAUUCAAUUAGUCAUAAGCGCUAUCUUUCAAGCCUAGCUUUAUUAUUAUACAUUCUCGGCAGAUGUUUUCUUAUCUAUUGUCUUAACAUGAUUGAAAUGCAAUGAUGUCAUCGCAGAGGCACUAUUAAAAUUUCAUUGUAACAUUCAUAAUUCGCUGGCAAUGUAGAUACAAUGUCACUAAUACCAAGUGAAAGCUACAGCUAUAUACACGUUGCGCGCGUCUAAUUGUUUCACUGUGUUAGUGUUGUUUUGGUUACGCCUCCCGGUUUGCCCCUACUCCACUGCUCUACAAUUUCCAAACUUUCGGUCAAAACUUUAAGUACAUGCGGACUAGACGAAAAUCCAUCAGUCCCCUCUCGGCCUCCACUCGAGCCAGACCCAAUGCAGAUGUUACCGAACUGUGAAGUCGUGAAUACGAGCUGUAUACAUUUUAGUUGUAUAGGUACAUUCGAACGUGCGUGUAAAUUUACGAGGUGAAACCCAAAAGUUGUUUAGUGAAAAUUCAAGUUCAGUGCACUCGUUCGCGCGAGCUUCGAAACGUUUUAGGAUUUUCAAUUAAACAGUUCAUCGUAACACAAUCUAAGAAUGGAAACGUCAAAGAAGAGCCCGGUAAUGGCCGUGAGCUCGAGCAACAACGUCCCGGUGAUCAGCAGCAGCUGCAACAGCAGCGCCCUGACUCUCUUUCCGAAUAUACACAUUCCGCUGUGGACGAAGAACGCCACCCCCGAUCCGGUGGACCUGUCGCACAGGUACCACCACCACUCGCAAGACUAUCAUCCGCCGAGUCCGCCCGCGUCGUCGGCCUACACCAACUACGUCGCCGGGUUGCCGCCGGGCUCGUCGAGUAUGCAGGCCUUGUCGAGCUACGGUACUCAUCCGUACGGUCGAUCCUCGAGCUGCAGUCCGGGCAGCAGUCCUGGUAGUCUGAGUCCGCCACUACAUCACUACGCGCCGCCGCCGCCGCCGGCCCACUGGCAGCCGCCGAUCAGCUUCCUCGACUCGCUGCCGACGCCCAAGUUUCGACCGUCGGUGAUAAGCGUCGAAGACGAGGUGAAAAGGUUGAGGAGCCAUCGGCACUCGUUUCAUCCGUACUCGACCGCGCCGAUGCAGAGCUUGUACGCGAACCAGGUGAGUCCGGAAUCGGUUGCGUUCCCUCGAUUUUCGUUCCCGUCGAAACCAGCGGCGAUAACUAAGCCGUUGUUGGCCUCGACGGCAGCGGCGGCGGCAGACGUAGCCCCUGCCUCGUCGCCGCAGGUGCGACCGUUCAAAGCCAUCGCCAAGGACCCGAUGUCGCUGGUGAUGAACUCGACGUUAUUAUUCGACCAGCACACGCAUCAGGAAUUCUUGGAGUUCCGCGAAAAGUCCCUCGCGAAGAUAAAGAGGACGGGAGACAACUCGAAGAUGAGUCGAUCGGGCAGCAGUAGCAGCAGCGGUAAUGGGGGUGACCACAACAACAACAACAACAACAACAACAGUCAGUCGGCGGAGGUGACGAGCAACAACGAGAGCAAGAUCGAGGAGAGAGACGCGACCUAUCUCGAGAAGAGGAAGAAGAACAACGAGGCGGCGAAAAAAUCGCGAGACGCCCGCAAGAUGAGAGAGGACGAGCUGGCCAUCUGGGCGGAAUUCAUGAAGCUGCAGAACGUCCGACUGAUGAACAGGGUGGCGUUUCUCGAGGAAGCCCUCGGCCAGAUGCAGAUGACGGUGCAGCAGCAGGCGCAACAGUUGCUCAGGCUGCAGCGACGAGAGAGUCCGGUUCGCGUCAAGUCGUCGUCGUUGUUGUCGCCGCCGAUCGAGCCCGUGGCAUAGGAGACGGUAUAUCGUCGUUUUUUUUUAAUGGUAGUAGUUUAAAAUACACUUUGUAAAUAUAACACUGAUAUAUCAAGACUUUAAAAAUCAACGAAUGCGAUGGCGUGAUAGAUUCAUUGCUCGUUGUUUUUUUUUUUAAUCGUAAUAGUUUAAAAGACACUUUGUAAAUGUGCCCCGGAUAUAUCGUCAAAUACAUAUCCGUAGUAUUAAAAAAGAGAGAGACAGAGAGAGAACAAAAAGUCUGGUGAUUUUAACGAAAGUACAAUGUACUAUAGGUUUUGUAGUUCCGAUUUCUCUACGUAAAAUACCAAAAUUUUUAUUUUUAGCGUUAUUUUUUAUAUGGUGUGUUUGCAUAGUUACAUAUUGUCGCAAAUGUUAAUUUAACGGGAUAGUUUCGAGUUUUUUAAAUUUUUCAUCGCUGUAAUAUUGUAAAUUUGAUUGUAUUUUUUAUAUGGUGUGUUUUCAUAGUAACAUAUUGUCGCAAAUGUUAAA